GUUAUAGAUUUUCUGCAUCUCAUAUCUGUACCUUAUUAAUUUCUGCUUUUCUUGUAUGAAGGCUGCCGAAUGUGAAUUUGUUUCCAUAUUUAGUUAUGUAUUCAGGAUAUGAUGGACUCUUCUUUUGUUUCAUCGCGCCUAUAGACCCAUGCUGUAUUUGUAAAUAAAACAACUACUCAGGAUUUCAUAUAAGAUAGAAUACUCUGUUGAGAAUUGGUCGCUAUUGUGCAUCAAAAAGAUACUCAAGUUUGAGCUCACCAUAGCUAACUUGCUAUGCUUAGCAAACCUAGCUAUGAAUCUAAUUCAACUGGCCAUAUAAGUGCUUUAUGUUCCUGAAACUCUGUGAUUUUGUACUUGAUGAUGUCAGGUGUUGCAUCAUCCUCCAGUGACUGUACUUCAUGCUACUGAUGAGAAAGAAAACAUCGAAAUGGAGUUGGCUAAUUUAGGGCAGAGGAUUUGCUAAAAAGGUGAAAAAUGCCACUCUUGCUGAUGCGUUUCAAAUCAAAGAUUUUGGAGCGAGAUGUGAAUGGCCUGGAGAUAGUUAAUGAAUGGCCUGAGGUCCCUGCUGGUGUAAAAUUCGAUUCAUCUAAUGUAGAGCUGUUAGAACAUUUGGCCGCAAAAAUUGGGGUAGGAAAUUCAAAACCACAUGUGUUCAUUGAUGAUUUCAUUCCGACUCUUGAAGGCGAUGAAGGGAUAUGCUAUGCCCAUCCAGAAAAUUUUCCCGGAAGGUGAUGCUUUUGACCUCCAGAAGAUAGUAAUGUGGAUUGCCCGCUAGAUGUUCGUAAUUUUUUAUUUUUUUUUUAAGAGGAGUCUAGGAGAGUUGUUCCAUAUUUUAAGUGUAUGGAUUCAAAUUCAUAAUGAAAUUAUUGUUUUUUCGAAA